UGCUCCCGGGAGUGAGAGGGUGAGGGCGUCAAGUUCCGCGUCUCCGUCGCGACCGCUCGUUGGUCACUCGCGCGCAAGUUAAGAGAGUUUAUUUCUCUGAGUUUAUUCACGAAACCAGUGUCUUAAAUUGUUGUUAUUUAUAUAUUUACGAACUACGUAUAUAGUGGAUUGUUAUAGAAUUUCGGAAAAUAAGUUCAUAUUUUGUGUUUACUAAUGAUGACGAGGGCGAUAUCUGGCGAGUGAGAGGUCAAGUCUCAGCGAACCGCGAACCUCAGGUUGAUUCAAGCGAAAUAUUCAGGGCCCUAAAUAGGAAAAUUGGAAGAGUUGAAGUGGAAUAGGAUCACAGUUACCUGUGCUGUCAGUGAAGACUAGUAAGCAGUGCCGGAGCCCAAUGUUCGGAGCGUGAUGAAAGGAAGACAGACAUAAUGAACCGUCAAGUGAAGCAGUGAAGCCCCGAACAUACAGUCUCAAGGCUUCAUGUUGGACCUGAGGCGAAGGUGUAUUGGGAGUGUUUGAAGCUGUACUGGAAAGUGUGUGAAGGUGUACCGGGUGUGUGUGAAGCUGUACCGGGUGUGGGUGAAGCUGUACCGGGCGUGGGUGAAGCUGUACCGGGCGUAGGUGAAGCUGUACCGGGCGUGGGUGUAUGUGGGAGUGUGAGAGAGACGCAGCAUCCAGGCAGAUGAUGGUGUGAGGGAGACCACCACCAAAAUGGACACUCUACGUCAACUUCUACUGCUCUCCUCUCUGACUCUGCUUCCCGCCUCCGGCCUCCACACUGGUCAGUGCGAAGCCGCCCUGGGCAUGCAGUCCUUCGCCAUCCCUGACGAGCGGCUCUCAGCGUCCUCAUACUUCGACGCCGCUGUCAACGCCGUCUACGGCAGAGCCCAUGUGGAGGCCGGAGGCGGAGCCUGGUGCCCUCGGGAGAUGAUCCACGGAGAAGGGCAAGAGUUCCUGGAGGUGGACCUCGGGGUUCUUCACGUCAUUACCAAGGUGGAGGUCCAGGGCAGGUUCGGUAACGGCCAGGGGAAGGAGUUCGCGAGGCACUACAAGCUGCAGCUCUGGCGGCCGGGACUCGACCACUGGGUCACCUUUACUGACGGUCGUGGCCAAGAGCUGUUGGAGGGCAACACCAACACGUACCUGGCCAAGACCUCGCAGCUGAGUCCACCCGUCAUAGCGGCCAGGGUCAGGUUCCUGCCCUAUAGCGACCACCCCAGGACCGUCUGUAUGAGGGUUGAGCUCUACGGCUGCCAGUACUCAGAGGGCAUUGUGUCGUACAGUAUGCCGGACGGAGACCCGAGGGGCGGCGACGCGGCUCUGACCGACCUGACGUACGACGGGACGCGCAUGGACGGGUUCCUCUCCGGGGGCCUGGGUCAGCUGACUGACGGGGAGAUGGGUCACACUAACUUCAGAGUGGACGCCCUGGGCAUGGGAAGAGGAUAUGAGUGGAUUGGCUGGAAGAACACGACUCGACACGGCCAGCCAGUCGAGAUCACCUUUCAGUUCGACUCCAUCAGGAACCUCUCCGCCGUUCACAUCUACGCCAACAAUCUCUUCACUAAGGACGCUCAGGUGUUCUCCCAUGCACGGGUGCUGUUCAGCGUGGGAGGAGAGCGCUUCCACUCCCAGGCCGCGGUGGAGUACGAGUACAUGGUCGACCGCAUCUUUGAGAACGCUCGGAACGUCACUAUCAGACUCCGUAACGCCGUGGCCAAGUACGUCAAGUUGGAGCUCUACUUCGCCCUCAAGUGGAUCAUGAUCUCCGAAGUCUCGUUCGAUUCGGUUCCAUGUCACUGCAACUUGACGGAGGAGGAGAUUAUGGCGCCCGUGGCAACUGAGAAGAUGAAUGAGGAGAGAUUUGUAGAAGAGCGCACCCACGUGGUCCCGGCCCAAGAGACUCCGGCUCUACUGCUGGGCGGCGUCAUAUGUCUUGCCUUAAUAUUUGGCAUGUUGCCUGUGGCCCUCGGGGUAAAGUAUUACCACAAGUGGCUCUCAAGGAAGUCCAAUAAGAAAUCGCCAUUAUCUUCCGAAACUGGCAUGGACUCCAGAAAGGUUUCCAUGAAAAUGAAAGAUUUGCACAUCAAUGUAAAUCUUUCGCCUGUAUCCAAUGGAUAUGCUAAGGCGAAGGGAAAGUUGUACGGGCAUGUGACGAUGGACGAGGAGACUACAGCCAUGUACCAGGAACCCUUUAAGGGACCCAUACACAACCCAGGCUACUACACGCUGGGACACACCGUCACGACCUCAGAGAUGCCGCUCAAGUGUCCGCUACCCACCGACACCGAUGAUUCUGUAGACUACGCCAUCCCGGAUGUAAACAUGACGCCGCCUCCGCCAUUUUCUGAGGUUUAUGCUCCACCUCCGCCCGUACCACUGACGCAACCCCCGGCAACCUUGCCUACAGUGUGCGGUCUCAGAGACCCGCCUCUGGUUCCGCCUGUCCCGACUCUUCCCCCACCUCCUGAUCAAGAGUACUACACUGCGCCGCUCUUGUGUCAGCCCUCAAACAUUCAAGGCGUGACAGGAACUGUCAUUUAUGCUGUGGCGGAUGACACCGGCCUUGGUAAGGAUCGCAGGGUGCCAGAGGUGCCUCGAACUCAUAUUCGUGUUGUGGAAAACUUGGGGGAAGGAGUGUUUGGUGUGGUGCAGCUGUGUGAGGUGAAGGAUGCUGCUGGGGUCGGGUGUCGGAGAUUGGCCAUGAAAAGUUUAAAAGUUGGUGCAAGUGAAGGUGCCAAAGAUGACUUUAGAAAAGAGUGUCGCCUUCUUAGCCGAGUUGAUAACCCAAACAUUGUGAAGGUGCUGGGUGUUGUGAGUACUUCUGAGCCGCUCUGUGUGUUGCUGGAGUACACGGACUACGGCGACCUUUACCAGUUCCUUCGUGUACACUUGACGGAAGGUGUAUCCACUCUUCCGUUCACUACGACUUCUGCAACGAUAAGUGAGCCACCAGUCUUAAGCUACGGUGCACUUAUAUAUAUUGUGACGCAGAUCGCAUCAGGGAUGAAGUACCUGGAGGCACUCAACGUCGUCCACCGAGACCUGGCGACACGGAACUGUCUAGUCGGCAGCGGACUCACUCUCAAGAUUACAGACUUCGGAAUGAGUAGACCUUUAUACACCAGCGACUAUUACCGUCUGAGUGGCAGCCGCGCUCUCCUGCCCAUCAGAUGGAUGGCGUGGGAGUCGAUCCUGCAGGGACGGUUUUCUACCAAGAGCGACGUGUGGGCGUUCGGAGUGACGUUGUGGGAGAUUUUAAUGAUGGGUCGCCGCCAGCCUUACGACGAACUGAGCGACGAUGGUGUCUUGGAGAACGUAGCCCACUGCUACCACGGCGACGGGUCGGGCAUGAUAGUGCUGCCUCAGCCACCACUCUGCCCCCGUGACCUGUACGAGAUGAUGACCGCCUGCUGGAGACCAAACGAUCGCCAGCGACCUCCCUUCUGGGAGAUCCUCAUGUUUCUCCAGCGUAAGAACCUCGGCUACACGCUCGACUAUCUCCAGUGACGAGGAGUGAUUUGUAUCGAACAAUUGUUAAUUCGCCAAAAAGCCAUGAAGUCUUCAAUUCAAUAAGAAAUUUGGUAACGGUGCUCCAGUUGUAAGUGGACAUGGCCCCGGCUAACGCCUUGAUAACGACCGCUCAAACUUCUUCACAACAUUGGCAAUAAACUUCACACUAAGAAUAUAGAUUACAAUUUUAAAUCCAAUAUUGCAUGAAAUAGAAAUUACGAGGCCGAAAAAUAGGAGAAGCAAAUAUAAUUCAAUCUUCGCUCUCGUCAUGAACGCUGACACAUGUGGCACGAAACAUGUGGCACGAAACAUGUGGCACGAAACAUGUGGCACGAAACAUGUGGCACGAAACAUGUGACACGGAACAUGUGACACGGAACAUGUGACACGAAACAUGUGACACGAAACAUGUGACACGAAACAUGUGACACGGAAACUACCAAUAAACUGUCCAGCUAAAGACCUGAGAUCCUGUGUGAAUUUAUGACUUCAAAUUAUAUUUCAAGAUUCUGUAUUUUUGUGUAGUGUUGCCUCAGGAGGCUUCUUCCAGGGUGUUGACAACACUUACACACUUACACACACACACACACACAUGACUGGUCGGUGUCACAAAGGUGUUCGUCACACACACACCUGCCUCGCAGUAAUCCACCAGUGUCUCCCUCAGUGUAAUUGGAUACAUAAUUCCUGCAUAAUAACCGUUCAAAAGUGAACAUGGAAGUGUGUGUAUGUGUCUUGACAAGCAGUUCACACUCCAGGAACGAACCAUAUGUAUCAUUGUGUUGUGAUGUAUAUAGUUAUAACGAAGUGGGCAUUAUAGUGAUCAAUAUAUGCAUCUAUGGCUCUAGAUGCAUAUAUAUAAUGUGCAUAAUCUCAUAUAUAUUGAGACAUAGUGUCAUAUAGUCCUCAUGUAUAUAGCUGAAAAUUAUGUAUUAUUAUAUCGGGCCAACAAGGCAAUUAGUUACUUACUCUUUGGCUUGCUAGAUUAGGUAGUGUAUAUAGCUCUCUCUUAACUAUCUGGCCAGGCGACCAAGCUCACACACCUGUAAAUAUUGAUUGGUUUGACGUAAUUAUUAGUUGACUUGAGUGCCGUUGUUCAUAGCAGCUGAGAUAUUACACACUUUGUGGAUCUUUUAAUGUGUGCUCUCUCUGUCUCUGUCUCUCUCUCUCUCUCUCUCUCUCUCUCUCUCUCUCUCUCUCUCUCUCUCUCUCUCUCUCUCUCUCUCUCUCUCUCUCUCUCUCUCUCUCUCUCUCUCUCUCUCUCUCACGCUGCAUACCAUUAGAGUGAGAAUUACCUCUGCUACACAAGAUAUUUAUCAAAACUAAGUCUAUCAGAUUCUAUUUAUUUAACUUAUAUAAAUGUAUAUCUGUGGCUGUCGACCGUGUGUAGGCCUUCACUUUUCUGUGUACAUGAUGUGCACAUGUACACAUGUUUGUGUACAUGUGCAUAUGUUUCAUCACGUGUAAACCUGCCUACAUGCAAAUGUGUACAUAUAUAGCUGUCAUCCAUGUACAAAUGAUUGCACAUACCUUAUUACAUGUGUACAUAUCAAGAUGCACAUGUGUAACAUGUAUAGCUUCGAGUGUACAUGAGUGCACAUACAUAACAUAUGGAGGCAUAUAUUAUACGGUACAUGUAUAUAUAUACACACACAUGCUUACAUGUAUAUACCUUGUUGUGCAGCCGUAUACAUGUUGACCCAUGAGUGUGACUCACGUUACACAUGUGGGACACACACAUGCACGAGCACCUGUGACAGGUGUGUGGUAUGAAGCAGAACGUAACAUAUCACCCAUGUUUUCCAAGAAAACUUAUUGAUAUAUUUGUAAAUAAAAUUCAUUUUUGCAAAAA